AUGUGCUUUCUUUACGAGCCGAUUGUUUUCAUUUGUGACACCAAACAAAAAAACCUGUUUUGCGUGAACUGUCAGCCGGAACUGCCAAACGUCAAGCGAUCAUAUCAACAAAAUGUUGGAUCGUUCCGUUUGUUUUGUGUCGUCUUUAGAGAGCUAAGUUUUUGUAAAGUAAACCCUUCGAUUAAGCCUUGUCCAUUUAGGUAUGGUAAUCGUGUACUGCUUUGUCGUUAUAAAAUGUCCACCGGUGUAAAGGCAACCAACGUCGGGGAAGUUCUACCGAACGACGAAGAUUUAGGACGGCGAAACUGCCGUUGGAGAGAGCUCGUACAGAAAUAUGAAAAUUCAACCCAACACCAGUCGGAUCACAGUAUGGACAUCGACACGGCCAUGGUGAUGCUCGAUCAGGAAAUGAGCGACGAAAGCUCGGUCAGUGAUGUUAUUGAGGCUUCGUCCGAGGAGCAAAGCACCGAAGAGAACCCAGAGGAAAUUAAGCGACAGCUCAAAGUGGCGGUUCCAUUGCGCAAACAAGCGUGGGAAGCGAAUGGAUUGAAAGAAAUUCUAGACGAUAACGAGUUCCGUAUGCUAAGCCACGAGAAGGUAGAGAACUGGCUGCGAAAUCACAUGCACAGCAUCACCGGCCACUACAAUGUACAUUACCAAACGGAGCAGGUUACUACGGUAACGGAAACGCAAAUGGAUGCGGACGCAGAUUCACUCUAUUCCGUCGACACGGCACAAUACAUCCGUUCGAAUAAGCAGAUUAGCAAUAAGCUCAAAGUGACCACCAUGAUCAAACAGUACUCGGUAACGAGUUCCGUGCGCCGUCUUACCAGCCUAGGGCUCAUACACGAUGAACAAAAAGCCGAUACGGAAUUCCCAUGUUUGUCUCUCCCACUGCCUCGAACCCUUACCAAAUCGGACAGUGCGUGUGAUGUUCAGAAGGCAUUACCACAGUAUACCUACGCGCAAAGGUGGACGAUCGCUGCCGAUAAACACCAGCGUCAGUCCGUGGAGCCGUCGAAAGAGCCAACAACGGGCCGUCGCAACAGACGCAAAGUGUUCAAAAAAACUAAUCCCCGCAAGAAACCAAUAUCGGUGGCUGACCGUCCUCUCGGUCCUAGUCCAACAUCGGCAAAGCCGCGGUACGAUCAGGAACAGGUAUACGCCAAAGCGUUGGAGCAAUGCGCACGGAUGAAAAAAACCAAACCAAUCGCUCAACGGAAGAUGUCCAAACGGUUCGCCAACCGGAUGCAAAACACUUCCACCUCGUGCUCAUCCGACAGUGACAGUGAUGAAGUAUUUUUUGCCCCAGUAUCAUCUCGCGAACGACCACCAACCAGUUCACGUGUAAAGCCUGUUCCUCAAGCAUCCAACACAGCCAAUGCACGGCCAUCAAUGGUUGUGACACCUCAAGAAACUCUUACCCCAAGCAAAACGUCUCCAACGGAACGAGAGAUUGUCGAACCGUUCGAGUCGAUCACGCUUACCGCUUCCAAACGACAGCGAGCUCUACCGGCGGGUCCGGUUCCUGCAGCGCCCUGUCCCUCGGAACCGGCGAAGAAACGCGUCGGCAUACAAUCUGACGGUUGCUACCACGAGGAAGGGUUGGUAAUUUAUCGACCAAAAUCAAUUCUGCCAGAUAUUCCCGCCACCGAGCGGAUUAAUCUGCGCAUGGAACAUCUCACGCUGACGGGCGUCACAAAGAAGCGCCAUUUGGAGAAGUUUCAGGAUUUCAACUAUCGCGUCCAUCCGAACUCUACCGUUUGCUUCUAUCCGAGCGAUUCGUCCGACAGUGCCGAGGAGCAAAAUAACACGCAGGAACAAAGUGAUAACUCGUACGACGAUGACGAUCCCAUACUCACAUUCCGUCCGCGCAAUACCAAGCGGUUGAAUGUGGUAGAGAUUCCCCAACGUCGGCCUAUUGCUUGAUGUACAUUGAGAGCGGACUUGCUCAAGUUACAUUACCAACUACAUUUGCUACGCAACCUUGAACAAGACUUAAGCUGCUGAAUCUCUAUAAUCCACUUAAAUCCAUCGAUACUUAGCGGCAUUUGAUUUUUUUUAUGUUCAGACAAACUCGAAAAUAGUUGAGACAAAUCAGCGUGUGUAAUUGUAAUUUAAAAUAAAUAAAAACUUUUUAUAUUAC